GCCCUUCCCCCGGCGCCUGGGGCAACCGCGCCCGCGGAGUUUUCCGCCCAGCAAGCUCCUCCUCCCGCCCCGCCCUGAAGGCUGCGGCGCCCGCGACUCCCCAGUGCCCCGAGUGCCCCGCGAGCGGGAGUGGGACACAGCGCCAGGUAGAACCCAGGCACCGCGUCCGGGACGCCCGCGGAGAGAACCACUCCCGCCCAAGUCCCAUUUCGCCCCUCGCGUCCCGAGUGCCCGUGGCCAGGUGUGUGUCUAGGAAAGACACUUACAGAAGUAGAGUUGCUGAGUCAAAGAUCUAACCAUGAGCUACCCUGGCUAUCCCCCACCCCCAGGCGGCUACCCACCAGCUGCACCAGGUUGGCUGGCACUGGCCUCAGUUCCCUCUCUGUAGUAGAAAUCCUGCCACUGCCACCUUUGCUAGCACAGCUGAACAGCCUCUGAGUAGCAACAGAGAAGGAGGCAGGAGAUUUAGGGAAGUUCUUCCUGGAGGGUCUGGAGCCCUGGAGAUGAAGAGCCGAUCCGAAGCUGCCAUGGACAGGAAAGCAUCUAACAGGCCAGAGAUGUCGAAUGCCCAUCGGGCACCCAGCUGAGCCCUGCAGGUGGUGGUCCCUGGGGAGGUGCUGCCUACCCUCCUCCGCCCAGCAUGCCUCCCAUUGGGCUGGAUAAUGUGGCCAGCUAUGCGGGACAGUUCAACCAGGACUACCUCUCGGGAAUGGCGGCCAACAUGUCUGGGACGUUUGGAGGAGCCAACAUGCCCAACCUGUACCCUGGGGCCCCUGGGGCUGGCUACCCACCAGUGCCCCCUGGGGGGUUCGGGCAGCCCCCCUCUGCCCAGCAGCCUGUUCCUCCCUAUGGGAUGUAUCCACCCCCAGGAGGAAACCCAUCCUCCGGGAUGCCCUCAUAUCUGCCAUACCCAGGGGCCCCUGUGCCGGGCCAGCCCAUGCCACCCCCCGGACAGCAGCCCCCAGGGGCCUACCCUGGGCAGCCACCAGUGACCUACCCCGGUCAGCCUCCAGUGCCACUCCCUGGGCAGCAGCAGCAGCCAGUGCCGAGUUACCCAGGAUACCCAGGGUCUGGGACCGUCACCCCCGCUGUGCCUCCAACCCAGUUUGGAAGCCGAGGCACCAUCGCUGAUGCUCCUGGCUUUGACCCCCUGCGAGAUGCCGAGGUCCUGCGGAAGGCCAUGAAAGGCUUUGGGACGGAUGAGCAGGCCAUCAUUGACUGCCUGGGGAGUCGCUCCAACAAGCAGCGGCAGCAGAUCCUCCUUUCCUUCAAGACGGCUUAUGGCAAGGAUUUGAUCAAAGAUCUGAAAUCUGAACUGUCAGGAAACUUUGAGAAGACAAUCUUGGCUCUGAUGAAGACCCCAGUCCUCUUUGACGUAUAUGAGAUAAAGGAAGCCAUCAAGGGGGUUGGCACUGAUGAAGCCUGCCUGAUUGAGAUCCUCGCUUCCCGCAGCAAUGAGCACAUCCGAGAAUUAAACAGAGCCUACAAAGCAGAAUUCAAAAAGACCCUGGAAGAGGCCAUUCGAAGCGACACAUCAGGGCACUUCCAGCGGCUCCUCAUCUCUCUCUCUCAGGGAAACCGUGAUGAAAGCACAAAUGUGGACAUGUCCCUCGCCCAGAGAGAUGCCCAGGAACUCUAUGCGGCCGGGGAGAACCGCCUGGGAACAGACGAGUCCAAGUUCAAUGCAGUUCUGUGCUCCCGGAGCCGGGCCCACCUGGUGGCAGUUUUCAAUGAGUACCAGAGAAUGACAGGCCGGGACAUUGAGAAGAGCAUCUGCCGCGAGAUGUCCGGGGAUCUGGAGCAGGGCAUGCUGGCUGUGGUGAAAUGUCUCAAGAACACCCCAGCCUUCUUUGCGGAGAGGCUCAACAAAGCCAUGAGGGGGGCAGGAACAAAGGACCGGACCCUGAUUCGCAUCAUGGUGUCUCGCAGUGAGACUGACCUCCUGGACAUCAGAUCGGAGUAUAAGCGGAUGUACGGCAAGUCGCUGUACCACGACAUCUCGGGAGAUACUUCAGGGGAUUACCGGAAGAUUCUGCUGAAGAUCUGUGGUGGCAAUGACUGAAUGGUGACUGGUGGCUCACUUCUGCCCACCUGCGGGCAACAGUGGUGCCAGGAAAAGGCCAAAAGAAUGUCUGUUUCUAACAAAUCCACAAAUAGCCCCGAGAUGCACCGUCCUAGAGCCUAGGCCUGUCCUCCACCCCUCCUGACCUGUAUAUUGUGCCACAGGACCUGGGUCAGUCUAGAACUCUCUCAGGAUGCCUUUUCUACCCCAGCCCUCACAGCCUCUUGCUGCUGAAGUAGAUGUUUCAUUUUUCUGACUCAUGCAAUCAUUCCCCUUUGCCUGUGGCUAAGACUUGGCUUCAUUUCGUCAUUUAAUUGUGUAUUUUUAUUUGGAGGCAUAUUUUCUUUUCUUACGAUCAUUGCCAGACAGAUGCAUAGAAGUCUGUUUGCUGCGUACACAUUUCUGUUGAGGGCAACUGGUUGGGUGAAGUGCCGUGUCCUCGCUGAGGAGAGAAAGGGAAGCAUGCCUGGGAGGGUAGCCUGUGCAUCUGGUGAGUGUGUCACAAGCUUUGUUACUGCCAAACUCACUCCUUUUUAGAAAAAAAAAAAAAAAAAAAGGGCCAGAAAGUCAUUCGUUCCAUCUUCCUUGCAGAAACCACGAGAACAAAGCCAGUUCCCUGUCAGUGACGGGGCUUCUUGUAAUUUGUGGAAUGUGCCUUAAACCUGAAUGUCUGUAGCCAAAACUUGUUUCCACAUUAAAAGCCAGCCAGCUCUGGAA